AUGGGGCGGUGCGCGGCGCUUGCAAUGGGGCGGUGCGCGGCGCUUGGCCUGCUGCUGCUGGCGCUGCACUUCUGUGCGGCUCAAGGAAAAAAUCCGGUCGUGAGACCUCACGACGAUGAGGUCAGCCAGGAGAGCACCAAGCUGGUGCUGAAGAUCGCAGACGCGAGGCAAAACCCCAACGGCUGCAAGCUGCCACUGACCUGGUUUGCCUGCACCUCGCCAGCCUGCUCCUUUGAGUGCGGUUACGCCCGUGGCCUGCACAAGCGCGGCCACGAGAUUGCCACCCACACCGUGACCCACGCCGGGCUGCGCUGGUUUGAGCGGGACGGGAUUGAGGAGGAGAUUGGCGGCGCUCGCGACGACAUCGUCAAGUGCGGCAUCCCUGCAGAGGAUGUGGUGGGCUUCCGCACACCCUACCUGGCUGACAAGCCGGAGGUGCGCGAGACUCUGUACGAAGACGGCUUCAGGUUCGACAGCACCAUUGGCGUGGCGGGUGGCGCCGACAAGCUGUGGCCUGCGACGAUGGAGGACGGGGUGCCCUUUGACUGCGGCCACAGCUCCAACGACUGCGACAGCUCCGAGAGCCACCCGGGCAUGUGGCAGAUCCCGCUCUACGUGGCUAAGUCUGGCAACCUGAUGGAUUACUGCACGGUCGAGGGUGAUGGAAGCGCCAAGCCGGGCUGCAGCGCCUACAAGAAGCUGAUGGAGACUUUCGACGAGGCAUACAACGGCAACCGCGCCCCCGUGUCCAUCGGCGUGCACAAGCCCUACCUUCAGAAGAAGCAGUUCCACAAAGACCUUGGGGAGUUCUUCGACUAUGCGCUUGGCCAUCAGGACGUGUGGUUCGUGACGCACUCGCAGCUGCUGGACUGGAUGGAGGCGCCCGUGCCUGCCAGCCAGAUGAAGGAGUUCAUGGCUCGCUACGUUUGCCCAUAAUUUUGAUUGAAUUCUGCUUCACAAACCAUUCCUGAUUCUUCCAACAGGCGAUGUUGCCAGUGAUCUAUUGUUGCAUUCCCUGAUUCAUCCUGGGCGUUGCGUUGCAUGCAAGAUGCCCCCUGCCAAUGCUGCACUGUGUGGGACCUCCGUUGCUGAGAAGCCGGAGCCAACUUGCCUGCCGAUUUCUCAUUGAUUUGUAACCGUUGUCAUACUCCCUGUAACGGACUGCACUGCUC